CUUUAAAGCCCAAAACCUUCAUCUCUUCUCGCAAUUCACUCACUAAAACACACACACACACACACACACACACACACACACACACACACACACACACACACAAAACCUCUGUGAAAUCCGGUGGCGCGGAAUCGUCGCCGCAGCUGCAGUAGCUUCGUCUUGGCAUAAUCAAUCUAGCAUUCCAAUUCCAAACUCCAAAUUCCUCUAUCAAUACUAAUAAUCAAGAUCAGAUCCUCCCCGCCUCUUUUUUCUUCUUCGCAAGAUUUCUCCUCCUCCAAGCUUCUGCUUCUUCUCUACGCUAUAGCCCUCAGGUAGUCCCCCUUGGCUUAUCCAACACAAACUCUAUAUAUCUUUUAUGACGCUGAGGAAAACAACUUUUCCUCGGCUUGUCCUUGACAAUGUCUCUUGCAUGAGAAAUGCACAACAGAUUCUCCGCCAUGUCAAUGCCACUGUUCACGAUGGAUCAGCUCUCGUUCUAUCAGGUACCAAUGGCUCAGGAAAAACUACUUUGUUGCGCAUGUUAGCUGGCUUCAACAGACCAACUGCUGGGCAGGUGCUGUGGAAUGGCCACGACAUCACUAAAUCGGGUAUUUUCCAUCAGUACAAGCUUCAGUUGAACUGGCUCGCACUCAAAGAUGGCAUCAAGGAUAAAUUCACAGUCCGGGACAAUGUUUUAUGGUUCGAGCUUCUCGAAGGAAAGGAAGGGAAUUCACUGCCUGCCCUAGAGCUUAUGGGGCUGGGGAAGCUAGUUAAUGAGAAAGCAAGAAUGCUGUCCAUGGGGCAGCGGAAAAGGCUGCAACUUGCGAGGUUACUAGCUAUGGACAGGCCAAUAUGGUUGCUUGAUGAACCUUCAGUUGCGCUGGAUGCUGAAGGCGUGAAGUUGCUCGAGUAUAUCAUCCACGAACAUAGGAAGAAAGGGGGGAUUGUCAUUUGCGCCACACAUCUUCCUAUUGCAAUGGAGGAUCCCAUGGUUUUGAGGUUGCCACCAAGAUUCCCCAGAAGGAUGACUUUGGUCGACAUGCUCGAUCGCGGUGGACCUGAUUGAAACUUGCAAGGUCAUAAACCUGAGCUUUAUCAUGUUCGUGUGCAAUAGCCUGCGAAUCACGUAGGAUUGAUAAACAUUACUUGGAUAACCAGGUGAGUGAGAUUUAAACAUAUUGACAUUUUGCCUCAGCUGUAGUUUAGGUUGUUUCAAAGUGAUUAAAUCAUUAGUCAUUCUUUGACCUAAGUUGUAUGUGGCAUUUGUACAUGAGAUUUAUUUGAGAUAAACUACUCAUAUUUACAAAUAGACCAUCCCAAAUUGUUUACCUUCAAAUUUCAUCUAGUUUGUAUUGAAAUUGAUAUCCAAGAGAAGAGGAAGAAGACAUUGUAGGAAAAUUCCACUAGGCGACAAGAAGAUCCCAUAAGAGUAAGUACAGAUAGUACCGUCUGACGUUUUCAGAAACAAACCGCGUGUACAACUCCAGCUGUUCAAAUUAAUACUCUGCUAUUUCUAUCCAACAUACUGCAUUUAGAAAAAUGUCGUGUAUCCUGUUCAACAACACCUUUGUCUCUGCAGAUUCAUGUGAGUACUAAAACUAAAUUGAUUUUGAGGUUGAUAAUUGAAAUUGAUUUUGUUUGA